UGGCCUGCGCUCCUUCUAGCCCUGUUAUGCUUCGUUUGCCAGGCAAUAGCCCUUUCGCCCGACCCUCCCCAACCUGUCGAGACGCUGGAACUCGACACAAGAACCCCGCACUUUGAAGAGGGAUCGUGGGUGAUGCUGUCUCGCGAAGAUCAGGAGAUGAGAAAGCUCGGGAAGCGGAGCACAUCUUCAACUUCUGCCCCUCCCAUCACCACAACGUUCGAAAUUGCCGUCUCGACAGUCACCGAGAAGACCACCACAUCAACCGCAUCUGCGAGCCCACUGCCAAGCCCUCUCGAUAGCAGCCUGUCCUCUAACUUUUCAGGAACGAAUGGGAACAAGCCCUGCCCCAAAUUCAUCAACUCGUUUCUCACGGACCCAACCUUCAAGCAGUGCUAUCCCUUCUCGCUACUUCUCCAGGGUUCCCGAUCCUUCUUCGAGGCUGAGAAAUCGCUUGUCAGUAUCACUCAGGUGCUGGAUGCGUCGUGCUCGGCCAAUGUUACAUUUUGCGCCUCGUACAUGAAGGAACUCUCCAGUAACCUCACCGAUUCGUCCAACUGCGGUGCCGACUACGACCUCGGAAACUCUGUCGUCGUGCAGGCAUACCUCGCCAUGAUUUCUUAUCAGACCGUCUACAGUGCGACAUGUCUGAAAGACACCGGGACGGCCAUGUACUGCUACGCAAACGCCGUCACAAACCUCACGACUCCAUCUAAUGUGUACUUUUACUACCUGCCCCUCAACAUUUCUCUGCCGGGGAGCUCCAUCCCGUCUUGCAGCUGGUGCCUGGAGCGAACUAUGGGCAUAUACCAGUCCGCCUCUGCGAAUCGGAAGUUGCCGAUAUCGAAUACCUACGUCUCUGCCGCAAAGCAGGUCAACACAAUCUGCGGCCCCGAGUUCGUGAAUGAUACUCUACCGAACGCCAUUGUGGUCAGCGCCGGGAAUGUCGUUCUAGUACCAGGGUCGCAAUGGUUGCUGAUGGUGCUACCAUUGCUGUUGGCCUUGGAGUGGCUACUAUAA